AAGACAAGUUGGCAGCCCCUCCGUACGCACAUGCUGUUUUUCUACGCUGCACUGUAAAUUAUAUUUGUAUUUUGAUUUAAUUGAACGCUAGGCAAAAUGAAGGUGAAAAUGUUAAGUCGCAAUCCGGACAAUUAUGUCCGUGAGACGAAACUGCAACAACACAAAGUGCCGCGCAAUUACGAUCCGGAAUUGCAUCCACUGGAAGGUGCUCGGGAAUAUGUUCGCGCCUUGAAUGCCACCAAAUUGGAUCGGGUAUUUGCAAAACCCUUUGUUUGUAAUCUCAGUGGCCAUCGUGAUGGUGUCUCCUGCUUUGGCAAGCAUCCAAAAAUGCUCUCCACGCUUGCGACUGGUGCCUAUGAUGGUGAGGUGCGCAUCUGGGAUUUGGCCAAUCGUUGCAGUUCACGUAAUUUUGUUGCCCACGAUGGAUUUGUCCGUGGCAUAGCCUAUGCCAGAAAUGGUGAACGUUUCCUCACCGUCGGCGAUGACAAGACCAUCAAGGUUUGGAAAUCCGAGAGUCCAGAAGUUGGCGAAGAUGAGGAGCCAGUGAAUACCAUAUUGAGUCGCUAUAUUCUGCAUGGCAUUGCCCACAAUCGAAAGGAUAAUCAUUUCGCGACAUGCGGCGAAGUCUGUGCCAUUUGGGAUGAGAAGCAUAAUGAUCCGCUGAAGACAUUGAAAUGGGGUGUCGACACAUUGCAUACGAUUUCAUAUAAUCCCGUAGAGACUAAUGUACUGGCAUGUUGUGCCAGCGAUCGUAGUAUCAUACUAUACGAUCAGCGUGAAGCACAACCCCUGCGCAAGGUUGUCCUGACCAUGAAGAGUAAUAAACUAGCCUGGAAUCCCAUGGAGGCAUUCAACUUUACAGUGGCCAAUGAGGAUUGCAAUCUCUACACCUUUGACACUAGGAAAUUACACACACCUCUUAAGGUGCAUUUCGAUCAUGUAUCCGCUGUCACAGAUGUGGACUACUCACCGACUGGCAAGGAAUUCGUUACAGCCAGCUAUGACAAGACUAUACGCAUCUAUCAGGCGCAUCAGAGUCAUUCGCGUGAUAUUUAUCAUACGAAACGGAUGCAACAUGUUGUAUGCGUAUCAUGGUCUUUGGAUAAUCGUUACAUCUUCUCUGGAUCCGAUGAAAUGAAUGUACGCAUGUGGAAGGCGAAUGCAUCCGAGAAAUUGGGUGUCAUACGUCCACGUGAGAGGGCAAAUUUCAAUUAUCAAGAAGCAUUAAAAGCCAAAUAUGCAGCACAUCCCCAAAUUAAACGUAUUGCCCGGCAUCGUCAAGUGCCGCGUCAUGUCCUUAAUGCUCAACGCAAAAUGCGUGUGGUCAAGGAGAAGGAUCAAAUCAAGGAGGCCAAUGUGCGUAAGCACUCCAAAAAGGGCACAGUCCCGCAUGUCAGUGAGAAGAAGAAACACAUUAUUAAGGAGGAAGUUUAAAUUGAUAUGCAAAUAAUGUUUUUUUUUUUACAUAGCUAUAGAUAUAAACAGAAAUAAGAGUAAUAGAAUAAAAGAAAAAUUAAAUAAAUUAUAAAAAGUAAAUUAA